UUCCGGAUAUCUGGAACCGAAAAAAGUCUGUGUAUCCGGAAAUUUUCAGUUCGAAUAUUAGUUCCGCCCGAAGACUUCCCAGGGACUUCUAGACCUAAAUAUUCCUUUCUCAAUAAAAUUGCGGAAUAGAAUCUCGUUUUAAUUAUUUUCUCAAUUUUAGCAUUAUUUCUCUUUAAAAAAUGAGAAAAAAUUUCAAUUAUGUAUUUAGCUCAGAAAUUAAUGUGCCUUUAAGAAUCCGACUGGUCUCACUUUCUGGUUAUUUAACAAGUCAUGGAGAUAUGCAAAGAUAUGCAACACCUUCUGGUUGUAUGUUUGUUCGUUUGACGAUUUAUUGUAAUGGAAGAAUUAUUGGAAGAAGUGUUCAAAGUUCUUUUCGACAAUAUUUACCAACUGGCACAUCUUCUAUUCGAGAUAUUCAAAAAUUUGAUGAAUGGAUAAACCUUCCUGUAAAUUAUUCUGACUUAAACAGGGAUGCUUUGCUUCAUGUAACUUUAUGGGAUGUUGGAACGACUGUUGAACCGGUUUUAAUCGCUCAAUGUGCCAAAAAAUUGUUUUCAAAACAUUCAAUAUUUCGUUCGGGUAUUUUAGAUUUAAAAUUAGAACAAGUAAUUGGGAAAUCUGACAAGACUAAACUGAUAACUGAAAAUCCAAAUUUGGAUUUGAUGAAUAUUCCAACACCUGCAAAACAAGCAGAAUCGUCAGAAGAUGCCAGAGAUUCAACACCUUUACUUAAAAAUAAUGAUGAAAAUUUAAAUAAUAAUCGACAAUUGAAAUGUGGGAUUCCUUUAAAUGAUUUGUUAAAAAAAGAAAAACUUUAUAAUCAAAAAUUUAUUGAUAGAGUUGAUUGGCUGGAUAAAAUUACUUUUGCGAAAUUGGAGGAAAUUAAACAAGAGGCGAAAUCUGACGAUCGUUCUCUCUUUCUAACAAUUGAAUUUCCAAUUGUUCAAGAUUCAGACGAUCUAACAAUUUAUUCGAUAAUUUAUUUUGCUGGAGAAGCUCCUUCUUCUACUGACCACCACCAUUCUCAACAAUUUGAAAAUGAUUUGGAUGUAGAUCCUUUAUUGCCCAAACCUCGAAAUGAAAGACAAGCUGACCCAGAAUUGGAUAUGGAAAAUUUGAGUGAAAUAAAGCACCAUAUGAUGACUAGAAAUGCGAGAGCUAUGGAUAUUGAUAGACGUCUACAACCAAAUCCAACAAUUAGAGACACACUUGAGGCUAUUAUUAAGUCAGCAAGUUGUCAGGCAAUGUUAAUGGAAGAGCGUGAUUUAAUAUGGAAAUUUCGUUUUUGGUUAAAAUCAAACCCUAAAGCUUUAACAAAAUUUAUUCGUUCUGUUAAUUGGCAAGAAAAGUUGGAAGUUCGUCAAGCAAUUCAAGUCAUUCUUGAGUGGGAACCAAUCGACGCCUGUGAUGCUUUAGAACUUCUUUCUCCAAAUUUUUCUCAUCCUUUUGUACGUCGUUAUGCCGUUUCACGUCUACAAAACACUACAAAUGCAAAUAUUCUUUUAUUUUUGCCUCAAUUAGUCCAAGCACUUCGUUACGAACCUUCACAACAAGAUUUACUUGCGAGUGUAGAAGAAGAUUUGUUGGUUGUUACACAAAAUGAAAAUGUUAGUGGGACUUCUACUAUUGUUGCAACAUCUUCAAAUUCUGUUCAUCCAAGAAUGGCCUCAAGUCGACAAUCAACAAAUUCAGACAUUCCUCUCGAUUAUUUUGAAGGCCAUGAGUCUAUGGAUUUGGCUACUUUUCUUAUUAAAAUUGCUUGUCAAAAUAGUCCUAUUGCUAUUUUUCUUUAUUGGUAUUUAAAAGUUGAAGUUGAAGCAAAUUUUGGAAAUAAACAAAUAUCUGAAUUUUAUUCGUCUGUUAUUUUAAAACUUCAACAAGCACUUUCAACUGGUAAUAGUGCAUGUAAACAAACAUUGGCUACAAUUUCUUCUCAAAAGAAAUUUGUAGACACUUUAGUUGAUAUAGCAAAAGCUGUUGCUGAUUCAAGCGGAAGUCGUUCAAAAAAAUUGGAAUUGUUAAAGAAAAAAUUGAUUGAAAAUAAUGAUUUGAUUGAUUUGAAGGGAAUGAGCCUUCCUUUGGAUCCUUCAGUUCAUGUAAAAUCUGUUCAGCCAGAAUCGACAACUUUAUUUUCGAGUAAUUUGAUGCCAAUGAGGUUAACGUUUUCUACUGUUAGAGGAAAUAUUACACCUUAUGAAUGUGCUGAAGCUUAUACAACAAUAUUUAAACGUGGAGAUGAUUUGAGACAAGAUCAACUUGUGUUGCAAAUGAUUAGAUUAAUGGAUUCUUUGUUGAAGGAGGACAAACUUGAUUUAUGUUUAACUCCAUAUGCUGUUCUCGCAACUUCUUGUUCCGAAGGUUUUGUCCAAUUUGUAAGAGGCGCUACACCUUUGGCUGAUAUAAAAAGCAUACAGGACACACUUCGUACAUUUAGACCUUCAUCAUCUGCCCCAUAUGGUAUUGAAGCAGAUGUUCUUAAUAAUUAUGUUAAAUCAUGUGCUGGUUAUUCUAUAAUUUGUUAUAUUCUUGGAAUUGGUGAUCGACAUUUACAUAAUUUAUUGCUUUGUGAAAACGGUAAAAUGUUUCACGUAGAUUUUGGAUUUAUUUUGGGAAGAGAUCCAAAACCAAUGCCUCCCCCAAUGAAGUUGACGUCUGAAAUGAUUAAUGCAAUGGGAGGUCAAAAUAGUGAACAUUUUCGCGCUUUUGUUAAUUAUUGUACAAUUGCUUUUUGCAUUCUAAGACGGCAUGCAAAUUUAAUAACAAAUUUAUUUUCGUUAAUGUUGGAUGCUGGAAUUCCUGACAUUUCUAUUGAACGAGAUAAGGCUGUUAUGAAGGUUUUGGAACGUUUUCAUUUACAACUAUCAGACGAAGCUGUAUGCCAAUUAGUUGUACGUCUUAUAGAAUCUAGUCUUUCUGCAAAAAUGCCGUUAAUUGUUGAUUUUGUUCAUAAUGUUCGUCAAUAUAUGUCUAACUAA